UCGAGGAAUUGGUUUCACCCACCCUUGGACGCUUUCUCAGGAGCUGAGAGCACGCUAUAGGACAAAAAUAUUGACAUAAUUAUGUGUAUUUAUAGCUACAUGAAAUAUUAGGAUUUCCUAUUACCUAUAAAUAUUGAAAGUUAGCAUCUACCCCAACAUCAUAGAACCACGCGAGACUGCAUAGGCUACUGGUUUCAUCAUCACCAUUUGUUUCGGCUGAUCCAAGCACUAACGUUAGCUACAGCAGCCUGGAUAAAAUAAGCAGAUGCCAUUACAUGACAUGGUUGCAAGAUUGCAAGAUCAAAUGUUGCAAGAUCGAAUCCCCGAGCUGACAAGGCACUAGACACCCGACACAUCCAUCACUUUCUCUGCGGGCUCUAAACGCACCGUGGCUGUGCUGAAUUCUAAGGAGGAGUCCCACUCCCCGGUCCCCCCCUCCACCCCUCUGCUGUCCCCUCUUCACUACCUUCAUGACCAGACUGAGGGAAGAGGAGAGGCUGGUGCUCAGAUGAUCUCGCUCUGGGCUGCCGUAACCAAAUUUGUCCAGACAGGGAAGACAUAAGUAGUGUCUCUGGAGGGCCCUGCCCGGUGUCCCCUCGGCCGCUAGCCUGGCAGAGUGCUCUGUUCUCCCCUUUGAUCCCCCGGCCCAUGAGAUGCCCUCUCCCCCUGACGAUGGAGAGGAUCAAGGACCAUCCCUCAUGAACGGGCCAUCUGCGGGCUCCCACCAGAUCAGUGGGAGAAGGAAGGUCCGCACCAAGAAGAAGAAGGGGACCAUUACGGCCAACGUGGCUGGCACCAAAUAUGAAAUCGUUCGGAUAGCGAUCAACGAAAUGGCCUUCCUGAAAACCCGGGAUGAGGACGAGACGGCCAACCUCAUCUGGAGCGACUCGGCUGUGCAGCACGAGAAAAUCGCUGAUCUCAGGAACUACCAGAGGAUUAACCAUUUCCCUGGGAUGGGGGAGAUUUGCCGGAAAGACUGUUUGGCAAGGAAUAUGUCCAAAAUGAUCAAGAGCCAGCCUCAGGAGUACGCUUUUAUUCCCAAAACGUGGAUCUUCCCCGCCGAGUACACCCAGUUUCAGAACUACGUGAAGGAGCUGCGGCGGAAACGCAAGCAGAAGACGUUUAUCGUCAAGCCUGCCAACGGAGCCAUGGGUCACGGGAUCUCCUUGAUACGAAACUGUGAGAAGCUACCGGCUCAAGCUCAAGACCACUUCAUCGUGCAGGAGUACCUAGACAAACCGUUCUUAAUGGAGGGCUACAAGUUUGACCUCAGGAUCUACAUCCUGGUAACGUCCUGUGACCCUCUACGCAUCUUCCUCUACAAUGACGGCCUCGUCAGGAUGGGCACAGAGAAAUACCACACGCCCAACGAGGCCAACCUGAGCCAGCUGUACAUGCAUCUAACAAACUACUCCGUCAACAAGCACAACGAGAACUUCGAGAGGGACGAGACGGCAGACAAAGGCAGCAAGAGGUCCAUUGGUUGGUUCACUGAGUUCCUGCGCAUGAACGAUUACGACGUGGCCAAGUUCUGGGGCGAUGUUUCCGAGCUGGUGGUGAAGACUCUGAUAGUGGCUGAGCCCCACGUCCUCCAUGCCUACCGCAUGUGUCGCCCCGGACAGCCACCAGGGAGCGACAGUGUCUGCUUUGAGGUGCUGGGCUUUGACAUCAUCCUGGACCGCAAGCUCAAACCCUGGCUUCUGGAGAUCAAUCGAGCGCCGAGCUUCGGGACCGAUCAGAAGAUUGAUCACGACGUGAAGAAAGGGGUCUUGCUCAACGCACUGAAACUUCUCAACACCAGAGCGAGCGACAAGAAGCGUAACCUGGCCCAGCAGAAGGCGGAGGCCCAGAGACGGCUCUACGGCCAGGGCUCCAUGAAGAAGCUCUCGGCCGCCUCCUCCGAGGCAGAAAAACAGCGCCACACGCUGGAGCGGAGGAAAGAAGAGCUGAAAGAGCAAUUGACUCAGGUCCGCAAGCAGAUCUCCCGGGAGGAACAUGAAAAGAGACAUCUGGGGAACUACAGACGUAUUUACCCCCCAGAUGACAAGCUUCUCCUGGAGAAGUAUGAAAGCCUCCUCUCAGCUGCCUUUCAGACCUUCCUCGCCGGCCGUGCGGCCUCACUUCAAAAGGAAAUGAAUAAUCCUCUGAAACGAAUGAAGGAGGAGGACAUCUUGGACCUACUGGAGCAGUGUGAGCUGGACGACGAGAAGCUCCUGGGGAAAUCGUCACGGCAGAGAGGACCCAAGCCCCUGUCCUCCAUGCCUGAGAGCGCCCAGACGCCGUGCGGCAGGAGACAAAGGGAGUAUGGAGGCGACGGAGGAGACGCCAGCGGCAGCAGCGUCAACAACAGCAGCUCCGAGGAGGGCCCUGAAGAGGAGGAUGACAGGGAGGAUGAGAGGGAAGGAGGGAAGACAAGGGAGAAAAAGAGUGUCUCUUACGACCUGGGAGAGAACAAGUAUAAGUCGUCGCCGGAGCGCUCAGGACGGGUUCACUGGAAACCUCUGACGAAGCCGGUCAAGGCCGGCCUCUCUGCCUCCUCCUCUCCGACCCUCUCUGGGCCAAUCAGACGCUCCAUCUCAUGCCCGCGUUCUAUAUCCUCCCUGGCCGCCCAGUCACCCACCAACGAGACGCGAGCCUCGCUGGCCAGGCCCUCCCUUCCUGCGGCGACGGCCCUCGUUAGGCCCAGCUCCGCUUCUCUGCGCUCUCAUUCGCUCAGCCGCAGCGGCUCCACCCACAGGGUGCCGCACAGCAGUAGUCUAGGUACCAUCCACGCUAACAUGGGUGAUCCCGUGCUGAUCCUGAGGAGUAAAGACCAGGAGACAGAGCUGACAAGACAGAGCCUGGCCGCUCUCAGCGCCAUGAGGAUCCGCUUCCCGGGGAAGACUGAGGAGGAGGCCGAGGCUGUUCUGGAUGAGAUACUAGACAACUGGAAGUACCACAAACCCAAAGUGGCCUCUUACUGGCUGGUGAAGUUGGAUUCCACCAAACAAAGGAAGGUUCUGGACAUCGUCCGUACCAACGUACGCUCGGUGCUGCAGCGGCUUUGGAGGGAGCCGGACGUGGACAGUUUACAUUUGUAUCGCCUUUUCAACCGCGUCUUUAACCGACUGCUCUGGAGCCACGGACAGGGCCUGUGGAACUUGUUCUCCAACACUGGCUCGUCGUGGGAGACCAUCUUCAGUAAGAGCAGCGAGGUGGUGUCGCAGCAGGAGCUCCAGUGCUGCCAGAGGCUGGUGCAGCUGUGCAGAGACUGCCUCCUCGUUGUCUACAAAUUUGUCUCAGAGUCCCGGGGCUCGCUCACCGGCCUCAGCCCCGAAUGGGACGACACUAGGUAUCUGCUGCCAGUGACCUCCCAGUUCAUCAUGAAGUGGCCUUCAUCCAGCUUCGGCCAUGUCUCCUCGGCCAUGCCGCGCUCACGCAGUCUGUUCACCACCCGGAUGGGUCAGUUCUGACUGACCGCCCAGGCCCACCCUCAUGAGCUGUAACCCCCAGCCAAUCCCUCCUCCCCUCAACUAACUCGUUGAGAGGGCUGAACUGGCGGACCUUGGACCCCACGGCGGCCCCACAAAGGCCAGAGCAUAUGCGCGAGAUUAGUGACACCCGUGCUCAGCCCGGAACACUCCAAUGUUCCAACAGGACUCUUGAUCUGAGCGCCACUUAGUGUCAGACAAUGGGUCAUUCUCAUGUGCCCCGACCCAGUCUUUCUCUGUAUCUCUGUCUCUCUCGAUCUCGCUUUAUCUCUCUUUCUUUCUUUCUCUCUCUCUCAUUGUACCUUACAUUGCUGUAUUAUAUCCGCUCACUGUACAGUUACAAGUCAAGGUACUGUAAAGGAGAAAAGACUAACAAAACAAGGUUUCUUACAUUUAUUUUGUAAAAUGUUCCAUGAAUGCAGUGAAUGCUGACGCAGUAUGCAGAUGGAAUGAGAUUAACAGGUUAUCCCUUUGUUGAGAAAAAAAAUACGCUUUUUUUUUUGCUGGCUAUGAAAAUUGCUAAAUGUAUUUUGGUGCUGUUUGUAUUUUAUUUAUUUGUUUAACUUAUUUCAAUGUGAUGCUUUAGUUUACAUUGUUUUAACAGUCACUUUAUGCUCCUGUCAAUACAACCCAAAGUACAGUAGAGCGAGGAAAGACUAAGUUAUUUAAAACCAUCGGGUCAAUUGCAACCAACAGGGGGAAUGCGCAGCUGCAGGUUAGCGCUGGAUUUGUUAAAACUCUACUAAUGGGAGAUUACAUGAACUUGCGUGUUAAAACAAACUAGCUUGCAACCAAAAAAUUACCAGAAUAAACCAGCAGAUCAGUUGAAUGAAUCAAUAUUUAUUGUAAGAAUAUAGACCCAGUGAAUUGUAAGAAACUCGAGUAUAGUAUAGUUCAGUACAGGGACGUAUAGUACAUUACAGUAGAGUACAGUAGAGUACUAAACUGCACUAUUCUGCAACUCUACUGAGAUUAUACUCUACUCGAGUACAGUAAGGUAUAAUACAGUACGUUAUAGAAGUUUAUGUUUGGGCCACAUUAUAAUUUGUAAUUUGACAUACCUUGAUUAGACUCUAAUUUAAUAAAAAAUAUAGGUUUCUAUUAACAAAAUCAUUAUUGGUUUGAUUAAGUUGAUUUUAGUUCAGGAAUAGUUUGUUUUCCUCUUUUGAAAUUACCAUACCGUAUUAAGACAAGUUAUUAAUGGAAUAAAUAUUGGAAAUGAAAAGUAAGUAUACCAACACAAGCUUCACAUUAAUAAAAUGUAUAGCGUAAAUUGCCACAGAGAUUAUCGCUGGCAAAACGAGGAAUUACCUCAUUUCAGUUGUGCGGAAUGAUUGUCAGAUAUUUAAAUCUGUGCUUAAUCUGCUCAAAUAUUAGGUUUCAUUUAUACCGAAGAUAAUACCCAGAGGGCUAAAUAGUAUUGAAAAUGUUUGGCAGCAUCCGGGACUUAAAGUUAACAUCGAUAUCAGCUUUAGGGAGGGGUAAUAUGGACGCCAAUAGUGGUUGCAAUUGAGAUCAGCAGUGUGGGUGAUUCUCGGGCAUAUUGAUGGUUUAACGAGAGAUCACCUCAUUUUGAGACCGUGCUCAAUGUUGGUUGCAGUUGACCCUUAAACUUCUAACUAUAGCUUAUAUUUUGGGUCUGUAAUGACAAGUGUAGCACAGUAUAGAGAGCGUCUAGAAUGUUUAUUUCCAACUAGCGAGCCAAGCAUCCCUGCUACUUAGUGAAUGAGUUGACUUUGCAGCCUCACCGUAGGGGAGCCAAAAUGGAGUCUUGGAUAUUGUCCUGUUGAAUAUGCACCUUGCAGUAUAUCACACCGUGGCCGGGUACCAGGUCGACUACAUUGCAGUCGCCUGCCAAUUCGCACAACGUUUGGAUAGGUGUUUAUAGAAAUCUGACGCCCGACUGGGCCAAGUCGUUGACAUGGCACGCAUGGUUGCUACGUGCAGCGAGACUGCAAUAUUGAUGAUCUGGAACAUGACCAAUGACUUACUCCACAUACUGCUUAUGAUGCUGUAAGCAGUAGUUCUUGCAUGCAUAGAUUAUAGUUCUACACCCAGACGUUGUCCAUAGACAGAACAACUGCAUUAUGGGAAAUACUUGAAUUUUUGUGUUGUUAAAUCUUUUGGUCUGCGCUCGCAUUAAAUACACUAAUUUAGAUUUUUGGGUAUCUUAAAUUACAUAUACAGUACCAGUCAAAAGUUUGGACACACCUACUCAUUCAAGGUUUUUAGUUUUUUUUACUAUUUUCUACUAAUAAUGAAGACAUCAAAACUAUGAAAUAACACAUAUGGAAUCAUGUAGUAAGCAAAAAAGUGUUAAACAAAUCAAAUUUUAUUUUAUAUUUGAGAUUCUUUAAAGUAGCCACCCUUUGGCUUGAUGACAGCUUUGCACACUCUUGGUAUUCUCUCAACCAGCAUCACCUGGAAUGCUUUUCCAACAAUCAUAAAGGAGUUCCCACAUCUGCUUCGCUUCACUCUGCAGUCCAACUCAUCCCAAACCAUCUCAGUUGGGUUGAGGUCAGGUGAUUGUGAGGGCCAGGUCAUCUGAUGCAGCACUCCAUCACUCUCCUUCUUUGUCAAAUAGCCCUUACACAGCCUGGAGGUGUUUGGGUCAUUGUCCUGUUGAAAAACAAAUGAUAGUCCCACUAAGCGCAGACCAGAUGGGAUGGUGUAUCGCUGCAGAAUGCUGUGGUAGCCAUGCUGGUUAAGUGUGCCUUUUAAUUCUAAAUAAAUCACUGACAGUGUCACCAGCAAAGCACCCCCAACACCAUCACACCUCGUCCUCCAUGCUUCACGGUGGGAACCACACAUGCAGAGAUCAUCCAUUAAUCUACUCUGCGUCUCACAAAUCAUCAGACCAAAGGACAGAUUUCCACCGGUCUAAUGUCCAUUGCUCAUGUUUCUUGGCCCAAGCAAGUCUCCUCUUCUUAUUGGUGUCUUUUAGUAGUGGUUUCUUUGAAACAAAUCGACCAUGAAGGCCUGAUUCACGUAGUCUCCUCUGAACAGUUGAUGUUGAGAUGUGUCUGUUACUUGAACUCUGUGAAGCAUUUAUUUGGGCUGCAAUUUCGGAGGCUGGUAACUAAUGAAAUGAUCCUCUGCAGCAGAGGUAAUUCUGGGUCAUCCGUUCCUCUGCCGGUCCUCAUGAGAGCCAGUUUCAUCGUAGCGCUUGAUGGUUUUUGCGACUGCACUUGAAGAAACUUUAAAAGUUCUUGAAACUUUCCGAAUUGACUGACAUUCAUGUCUUAAAGUAAAUGAUGAACUGUCGUUUUUCUUUGCUUAUUUGAGCUGUUCUUGCCAUAAUAUGGACUUGGUCUUUUACCAAAUAGGGCUAUCUUCUGUAUACCACCCCUACCUUGUCACAACACAACUGAUUGGUUCAAACGCAUUAAGAAGGAAAUAAAUUCCACAAAUGAACUUUUAACAAGGCACACCUGUUAAUUGAAAUGCAUUCCAGGAGACUACCUCAUGAAGCUGGUUGAGAGAAUGCCAAGAGUGUGCAAAGCUGUCAUCAAGGCAAAAGGUUGUCUACUUUGAGAAAUCUCAAAUAUAACGUUUAACACUUGUUUGUUUACUACAUGAUUCCAUAUGUGUUAUUUCAUAGUUUUGAUGUCUUCACUAUUAUUCUACAAUGUAGAAAAUAGUACAAAUAAAGAAAAACCCUUGAAUGAGUAAGUGUGUGCAAACUUUUGACUGGUACUGUAUGUGUUGUAUCACAUAUGGAUUGUAUGACACAUGAUUUAGUGUGUGUUUAUUUAUGAGUGGGGGGCAACAGUGGUUGCGAUAAUGUAAUUAUGUCAUUGGCACCUCUGAUGUCAUACUUGUCAGAGGUUGGAACUAAAAUUCUUUUCCAAUCGUUCCGAGCAGAGCCCUUAUUUUUAUGUUCCAUUCCGGUGAUCCCACCAGAAAAUAAAGUUCUGAACCGAUUCGAACACAUAAAAGUAAUGGUUCAUAUAGUUCAUAUAUAAAUGGAACAUGGGAAAUCAACUUUGUUUUUACAUUCAGCUCAUUAUUUUACUCCUCCAAUUAGCGCUGAUAGUGUAGUUUGCUCUGGAAAGGGUAAAAUAGUUUUGACUGGUCAGAUAAAUGCAGGCGCGAGAUGUGACUGCAUUUUCACAGGUGGGGAAUUGAAUUGGAAUAUGUUUAGACUAUUAGUAGCAUUAUAACAUCAACGAAUUACAGAAUUAUAUACAAGACUUUAGGAAUAUUUUUUGAAGUAAAAAUAACAUUAUUAAAUGUUUUUCAAGAUUUAUAGAUAGCGGUUCUGUUCCGGAACACUGGAGAUCACUUUCGUUCCUGGUUCUGUUUCCGUUCCUCUGACAAUGUUGUUCGUUUUCGGUUCUGUUCCCUGAACCGGUUUGAACCCCUGUUGGUUGUAAUAGGAAGUUUUGUAAAUGUCUUGUUAUGUAAAACAAAUCUUAACAGAUAACAACAAGAAUAUGAUUUAUUUUCCAUGACGUGAAAUCGUCAUGAGGAAGACAUCUUUACCUGGCUGUAGACGUUCUCAAUCUACAACUAGAAAAUGACAUCAUUAUGAUGUCACGUCCAUUUUUUGAGUCUCUUUGGCGAUUCUCUGUAAGUCGUACUGUUACUGCAGUGCUUUGCCUCGCCCGAGGAGCUGCCAUUGCGUGUUUUAGCAUCUGUGUCCUAUUUCCCACUCCCGCAGGUACAAGUGCCAGUGCAAACAGUGAUGUGCCAAUACACCGCAUAUCCAUUCACUAAUGUGUUCCAUUGGUCUUUAAUUAAGGUUAAUUAAAGUUCAUAUGUGAUCAAUUACAGUAGAAACCCUCAUUAGGAACUAUUUAAAUGUUAAUAGGGAGAAAUACAGUAUUACGUGUCUAGGCUAGAUUGUGUUACUUUUCUCACAUAAUUUAUGGGUUUGAUUUUCAACGGUAAUAGGAAGCAGUCAGACUUCAUGAUAAAGUAUACUGUACGUUUUACAACAACUCUCUUACUAAUAGGUGUGGCGGGAAUUCUAAAAAUACAUCUAAAAAUGUAUUUUCCCCUUACACUUUGCUGAAUAUUAAUUCACAAUGCCAAAUAUUUUAUUUUGCCUGAACUUUAUGUUAUUUAAGAGUAAUACCUUUUCAGUUGAGGUAUGGAUUUUUAAGUUUACAUAGCAAUAAAAUGCUUAAAACAAAA